UAGUAAGCUACAAAUUCAGCAGCCACUUCUUGUUGGGAGUGAGUAGGAGAUCCAUCAACUUUACAAAUGGAGACCAAAUGAUUUCUCUUGCCUAAGUCAUUAAAAUAAUUGGUGCAGCGAUCACUAUCCUUUAGAAACUGCAAGGAGGAUCAGGUUCUUGUACUGAUCCUAAAACGUCCACCACCGCCAUUACCAUCCUUCUUGUGACUUGACGUAUUCCCAAUGGGGACCUGCCACACUGAUGUCACUAUGUUCCCAGUAUUACAGUGUUAAUUACGUACGUUGUUUACUUCUCCAUCUCAGGCCUUUGAUUCUUAAUCAAACUAUCAUGUGGACAUCAAAUUACCACCCAUCCGAGACCUGCCAUCUAAGGAAGUGGAAUGGUUGUGUGUCUGAGCUCUCUAUGUCUUGUAGCUUCAUUUGUACUUGGUGACAAUUCUUUAGUCUCAAACAUUGGUACUUACUGCUUGGUGGUACUCCAGCUUCGUAGCCUGAGCCUCAGUUUAAUUUCUAUAUAAAGAGACGAAAGACUGACUCCAUUAUAUUUGAUGAUUUGGGCUGGACGAUCGGCAGCAGUUUGGGUUUCCAAUUUCUGUAAUACUGCUCUUGUCGACGGUUGAGAACAUUCCAAGUUCCAAGUUAUACAAUGGAAGCUGUGCCAGAUGAAAUGGUUAAGGAUCCAUCUGGAAUGAGUGGGAGAGAUGGUGAUCAGGUGGUUUCACAGCCAUCCAGUGGAGCGAGGAAAACCGGACUUUUUAUCUUCUUCUUGGACAUAAGGCGAGUGUUCAGGCUGGACGAGCUGGGGCAGGAGAUUUUAAAGAUUGCAGUUCCUGCAGCACUGGCUUUGGCAGCCGAUCCACUUGCUUCACUGGUUGACACAAUAUUCAUUGGCAGACUAGGUUCCGUUGAGAUUGCUGCAGUAGGGGUUUCUAUAGCAAUUUUCAACCAGGUUUCGAAGAUUUGUAUCUACCCUCUCGUUAGUGUCACAACUUCCUUCGUAGCCGAGGAAGAUGCAACCAUGAAUGGCAGUGUUGAAGAAGGAGAAGACUUGGAGAAGACGAGUGGAGUAAAUACAGAUACGGAAGAGCUACCUCCUGAUCAUGAUUCUAAGAAUAAAGGAUGCACCUCAGCUUUUGUUCCCACCUUCUGUAGAAAAACUGGUGGCAAACGCGGAUACAUCCCUUCAAUUUCAUCUGCACUGAUCAUUGGUUUAGUGGUUGGUCUUCUUCAGGCUGUUUUUCUCAUCUUUUCAGCAAAGUGGAUGCUAAGAAUUAUGGGUGUGAAACCUGGAUCAUCUAUGCUAGCCCCAGCACUGAGUUACUUGACUUUGAGGUCUCUUGGUGCACCUGCUGUUCUACUCUCAUUAGCCAUGCAAGGCAUUUUUAGAGGAUUUAAGGACACUAGAACUCCUCUAUAUGCUACCGUGAUUGGAGAUAUCACCAACAUCAUCUUAGACCCAAUUUUAAUGUUUGUUCUCCAUAUGGGUGUCAUUGGUGCUGCAAUUGCUCAUGUCAUCUCUCAGUACCUUAUAACUCUGAUACUGCUAAGUAGACUAAUUCUGAAAGUUGAUAUUGUGCCACCUAGCUUCAGAGCCCUCAAGUUUAGCCGAUUUCUUCAAUGUGGAUUUCUGCUGCUAGCAAGGGUAAUAGCAGUCACUUGUUGCGUCACACUAGCCGCAUCAUUGGCGGCUCGCGAUGGACUAACUUCUAUGGCAGCUUUCCAGAUCUGUCUACAACUUUGGUUGGCAACUUCUCUACUUGCUGAUGGACUGGCAGUAGCAGGCCAGGCAAUACUCGCUGUGUCUUUUUCAAAAGGGGAGAAUGCUGAGGUUGUUUCUGCUACAGCUCGAGUGUUGCAGUUCAGCAUUCUUCUUGGAGUAGCCCUCACUGUUUUGCUUGGAGUAGUAGUUCAUUUUGGGUCUGGCAUAUUCACCAAGGACAUCCAUGUCCAAAAUAUGAUACACAAAGGCCUCCCGUUUGUUGCUGGUACUCAAACAAUCAAUUCCUUGGCUUUUGUGUUUGAUGGCAUCAACUUUGGAGCUUCCGAUUACACCUACUCUGCAUACUCUAUGGUUGCAGUGGCUGCUGUUAGCAUUCCCAGCCUUAUCUUCCUAUCAUCAGCUCAUGGAUUCAUUGGGAUAUGGUUUGCAUUAACAAUCUACAUGACCAUAAGAACUUUGGCCAGUGUUUGGAGGAUGGGAGCAGCAAGAGGACCUUGGUCUUUCCUUCAGAGAUAAUUCAUUGCGAUCGAUCUUUGUCUUGAAGAAGGUGGUCACGAACUCGCACAUGCACACAAUAACAUGGAGUGCUACUUUUCACUAGUUAUGGUGCAACCCAUAAGUCAUAGGAGAAAGGGGAGAAAACAGAAGGUUGAGUUCACAAUAAUCAACCUCAUGUUUACCUUGUAACUUGAGAUUAAGGUGUAUCGAAACAACAUAUUGUAAUUUCUUCAAUUAGCUUAUACUAUCAAGGUUUGAGACACCUACAUGUUGAAAAUUCUGCAUUU